GUAAAGGCUUCUUCACACAGAGAAAUCCCAGGAAGACACUCUCAGACUGUAGGGUGUAAACACACGGCUUCAACAGAGAUCUGGCCUUUUAUCUAUGUACUCCUAAGGAUGGAACUGCGGCUCUCAAAUACUGCAUAUCACCUUGUUUUAACUGGCAGCUUCUUGAUAUGCGCCAUCAUCGGUAUGCACCCUGCUGCUGGUAUAGAUGUGAGUACUGCUGGUGAGAUGUUUGUAGAAAACGGAACCACAGGGACGCUUAAGUGUUCAUUCAAAUCCACUGAAGUGGUCAGUAGUCAAGCAUCAGUGUCCUGGUCCUUCAUUCCCGAGGGGUCCCCAGAGUCUACUGGCGUAGCUAUCUUUUACUAUACUGGUGGAAGAGCUUUCCCAGACAACAGUCCACAAUUUAAGGCCAGAGUACAAUGGGCGGGUGAUAUGAACAAAAAGGAUGCAUCUAUCCGCGUCAAUCAGAUGCAGUUCUUGGAUAAUGGAACCUACUCCUGUGACGUGAAGAACCCUCCAGAUAUAAGCGGUAAACCUUCACUGAUUAAAGUGUGGGUUGUAAAUAGAGAAGCACUCCCUCAGACAAGCCCAGUUGUGAUAGUGGGUGCUGUCAUUGGUGCAAUCAUUGGAGUCAUCAUCAUUGCAUUUGUUGCAUAUCUGCUGAUAAGAUUAAUACAGCCUCCUCGUGACUAUGAAGGCUGCACCUCCAUAGAGAGUGUAAGCACACAGCCUUCUCGACCGGGGAAGAAAGCCGAGUCCAGCACGGAGGGCUCGCGCUGUAGCAGUCCCUCAGCCCCUGUACAGGGCCCGGUGAUAUACGCCCAGCUGGAUCACUCUGGCAGCAAGAAUCAGAACUCCGUCCACAAGGUGGAGCCCGUGGUAUAUGCUGACAUCCGUAAGAACUAAGAAGAGAGAGAGAAAAGAGAAAACAGAGACGGUGGUUUUGACACUCCACCAGCAACACUCCAUUUCACUAUAGGUCUCUAUAGGUUUUAUUUUCUAAGUGACAGUGUCUCAUGCCAGUCAUAUCCAUCCCCAUAUCUGCAGAGGCUUCAAACAGCUUAGCCCAACUAAUCUCACACAUCAAAUACCUGCCACUAAGAAUGUAUAGUUACUGAUUUUGCAGCCGUCCUCAUCAGCUUCCCCUUCUCCCUCCUGUCACUGCAUGCAGCUGACCGUGCUACCUCCACCAUGUUUAUUUCAAAAUGAGGGUACAACAAUGACAACAAAAAAAAAAAUACUGAAAACAACUUCAGGGACAACGUUCCUAUUACUGCCGCUGUGCUUUAACCCACUGACAAAAAAAAAAACAUCAAAUCCUAAAGGUGCCACAUUGUAUAAUAGAUGAAUAUAUGUGUUGUAAAUGUCUUACGUGAUUCCGUAGGUUACUGACGUAGAAGUGAUGGUAGUGAUCAUGGUAGAGACUAGCUUCCAUUACUGACUUCUAACAAACAGGGCUGCAGCUCAGACCUCAGCAAAAACCCGACCCAAUCACGAGCUCACGCUGGUACAGUACGUAAGAAUUAAUUAAUUAAUUGUACAUACAGAUAAAUGUCUAUGUGCAGUGUUGCAUUGAAUCUGAGCUAUCACUAACAAACUGUGCUUCACUUUACAACUUUUUUGUAUAUAUAUAUAUAUAAAUAUAUAAUUUCAUUUUUAUUUCAUUUUAAUAGAGUAGUUAAUAAUAAGACUAUACCCCAAUUCAAUUUCAAAGCCCACAUGAAGCUGGAUAUUAACCCUCCUGUUAUGUUGCAGGUCAAAUUGAUCCAUUUUAAAUUUAAUUUAAUUUAAGGUUGUAUCAUAUUUGGAGCAUGAUUUAGGCAUAAUUAGUGUAAUUAAUAUCAAUUAUAAAAAUGAAUCCUUUGCAAAAGUCAGAUUUUGUGCGCUAUUUGUGACCAUUUUAAUACAUUUAUUAAAAAAAAUGACUUUUAUAAAUAAAAUUUAAUGAAAAUCUGUUAAUCUGUUAUUGACAGCAUUAUUAUUAUUAUUAUUAUUAUUAUUAUUAUUAUUAUUAUUAUUAAAAUACACAGGCAAAACAGGAUAAUUAUCAUAAGUAGCCACAUUUACUAAAUCAAACUUUUUUUUUAUUAUCUGAAGUAUUGAUUAAAUUCAUAUUUAUUCAGUGCAAAAUGUUCCACUUUUGGAUGGUUAAACAUUAACCAGGUCAAUUUGGCCUGGAAACAUUAUGGCUGCUCUAUACAGCUGAACAUAACAGGAGGGUUAAAUCACAAACAGUGAAGAAAAUGGACAAAACCCUUACUUUAGAUUGUGAUAUAAUCCAAGACUAGACCUGACACAUGUCUAGAAAGAGAGUCAACAUCCUGUCUAUAGUGCAAAGAUUUUUUAAUUACUUUUGCUCAUCUGGUCGGUUGUGUUUGUUUUUAUAUUAUUUGUAGGUUUUAAUUUUUUUCUUAUAUAACAUUUGAUUAUGUGGAUUCUCAAAAAAAAACACAAUGCCAAAAUUUUAACAUUUCCAUUUUAUUUUUAUUCCUCCAAAGGCUAAAGGCUGCUUCAAGUGUUGUGGCUGCAGUUGGUAUGAUGUGUAUUUAUCUUAAUGUGCUACAGGGUAGCAGUAUCAAUUUGUUUUUAUUGUUAUUUUGUGGUUCAAUUUAAAUCAGGAUUAAAAUAGGUCAUGUACGAGAGUGCUAUUAUGCUAUGUUCACGUUGCAAACCUUCAAUCUUUCUGAUUUAGUGGUUAAUAUUUGUUAUCUGUGAGCCAGAAGCAUCUGAGCCCCAAAUCUACCCUAUUAAAUAAAAAAUAAGCGAACUAUGACUGCAUCUUAAAUGGCUCCGAGUCUGCCAGUGCACUAUUUGUCCAGUAGGGGUCAGUGAAUACAGACUGAAUGGCUUUUUGUCUAAGAUGUAAUGCACUGCUUGGGUACAGAUGCCACUGUUUUUGUUUGUUUUUCUGUUUUUUUUUUUAUUGCACAGAGCCAUUUGAGAUUCUGCCUUCGGUAUUGGAGUAAAAAGAAUGCUUUUGCAGAACAAAGCAAUGACCUUAUCUAAUCCAAAGUGCCAGAAGUGUGGGGGUCUGAGAAGAUUGCUAAAAGGUAGUUAAUGAUGCUGACCUUGUUACCACAGUGCAUGUUUGCAGAUAUGGUUUGCGAUGUCCAGACACACAAAUCCAAUCUCAUUACUUGCAAAUAAGAGUGCAGACAGGCAUCUUAACGGAUCUGAUUUGACUGCAGUCAGCCAUAGCCUAAGACAUGUUUAACAAACAAAACUUCUCUCCAUGUUGCAUGUCAUUUAAAAGCCCAUCAGUCUAAACAGUAACUUUUUGUAUCUAUCUUUAGCAUAGCACAGAAAGAGGCUGCACAAAAAAAAACUACUGGUUGUUGCGUAAUAAAUUAUUGUGCAUUUUCCGUCCCACACAGCAGAUUAAACCACAUUAAAGACAGACUAAGUGGCAACAUAUUUGACUACAAAUGUAAAUGCAUGUGGCAUGUUGUCACCCGGUAUAAAGAUGGUCAUUAAGCUCACAAGCAAACAAAUGUAAAUGCUUUAGAACUGGCUCAGGACAGUUUUGCAUCUCUUCAAAUUCACAAUUCACUAAUGUAUUUUAACCUUGCAAUGUGAACAUAGCUUUAGUAGCAUAUUUGGUGUCAGUAGGUCAAUUUCAGAGUUCGAUCCAAAGAUACUGGUGAACUCAUUAUGCUGCGUUACUGCCUUUUUUGUUACAUGCCAAAAGAAUACUUGCCUUUAAGAAAAAGCCUAAACAUUCCUUGUGUCAAUUUCUUUAUUCCAGGUUUAAGUCUUAAAUAUUUUGCACAUUGUUGGGGGAUUUAGUAAGUUUGAGACCUUUGUUUUGUUCUUAUUUUUGUUUUUAAUGUUUUAUUAUUAUGAUUAUAUUUUUUUUAAAGGUGAACACUAUUGAAUGAACGGUGAGCAUAACCAAAAUCACUAAUGGAACAAAAUAACAUAGACAUUCCUUACAGUUGACACGAUGCUGGACCUAUCUGUCAUGCAGUCUUGUGUUUGUAGUAGCAUGUGUGUGUAUAGAUUAUUUUUCUACUUUAAAAUCUCUUUUGUUGCCUAUUAAAUCUCAGUCGGUCUUAAACCAAUAAGGAUUACGCUCUUAAGAGUGCAGUUUACAGCAGCAUCGUGUUGUUCAUAUAUGUGCCUGGUUCUACAAGGGUACUUGUAUAUAAUACUGUACUUUUUGUUGGAAAGUAUGCAUUAUGUCCUACAGCAUGUUUUCUCUUCAAGCACUAUCGUCCUUAUGUUUCCUGUAGAGAGAAAAUAGAGUGUUAAUGCAGGACGUAACCAUUCGUUUUAAAAACUGGAACAUUGUGAAUUAGUGCCUUUCGCAUUUCAUGUACUAACUCAAGUCAUCCUCCACAGGCUCUGUGUAUGUUCUACCCACUCUUAUUUUGUAUAUGAAACUGUUUGUAUCUGUCUAAUUUUUAUAUAUAUAUAUAAAAAUCAGAUUCAGUUUAA